AUGGUCUCCAUCGUUGUUGGGACUCUCGGCCCAGAUUUGAUGAUUACGAUUCUACAAAACAGCCACGGGAAUGGGAACGAUCCAGAAGCCCACCUCGAUUAUGAGAACCAAGAGUGGCGCGUUGCCGCACUUAUGACAGCCGCGUACUUGGGCCGGAUUAAAGAUAUCAAGAAAAUUCUGGCGCUCGGGGGCGCGGAUCUGCACAACCUGACUGUUGCCAACGGGGAUAAUGUGGUGCAUUUUGCGGCUUUGGGCGGGCAUGCGGGGGUUGUUGUGUUGCGGGGGCGGGAUAUGCAGAUGGAUGUGGUGGAUGAGUUAUUAUCUUGUGAACGAGUGGAUGUGAAUAUUGCAGAUGGAGAUGGGGAUGUCGACCCGAUAAUACUGUUGGUUGUGGCUGCUGCGACGGGGCACGAGAAUAUCUUCAGGUCUCUACUUGCGCAUCCUAGAGUUCACAUCUGGGUGCCUACACUCUUCCGACGGGUGAUCACUGGUGGUAACGUCGAUAUCCUCAAAGCGAUGAUUGCCUUGACGAUGGGGGCGGAUCUGCAAAAGUAUCUUAUGAAUGGUAAUGCGCUCCUCCUCGCCGCCGAGCUCGGAACCGAAGAAGUCCUCCGAUACCUACUCUCCUUCGACGAAGCCAACCAGGACCCGCUGGAUGCAGGUAUUGUAGCUGCGCUGCUCGUGCACCCUGAUAUCGAUGUGAAUGCGCGAGACCUGUACCAACGGACGCCGCUUGCCUACGCUGCUGUCGCCGGCCAGACGCAGAUGGUUAACAUCCUUGUUGCGCAGCAGGGUGUAGAUGUGUCCCCCGUCGACCGUUGGGGAAUGACGCCACUGCAUUACGCCGCUGAGAAUGGACAUCUGAAUGUCGUGAGAAUGCUUUUCGAUGCCCCCGGGACUAACGUAUGGCACACGAGCAUAUACGAUAAGACCCCGCUGGCUCUUGCGGCUGGAAGAGCAUACCUUGAUAUCGUGAAGUUAUUGCUGGAUUCGAGGCAGGAGGCCCCGGGGAUGCAGCGUGGAAGGCUAUGA